UCCAGCUGUAAAACAAUGCUAAAACGUUUUAUUAAUGGCCGUAAGAAUAGUUGAUCAGACAAACUGCGUAAACGGGGCUGGAACUCUAAGGAGUGAAGGUGUCGCGCACGGUAGGACAGAUGUCAGGUGUGAGCAUCGUCAGACCGUUACCCAGCUAUCACAUCACAAGGUAGAUAACACUAGGUUGAGGAUGGCUAGUGUAAAUGUUGGUACUCUGAGAAGGUAGAGCAGGUGAAGUAGUUGAAAUGUUAGAACGUAGAUCUGUUGAUAUGUGUUGUGUUCAGGAAGUCAGGUGGAGAGGAGCUUCAGUGAGAUUUGUGGAAGGUAGGAGGGCAAGGUAUAAGCUUUUUUGGAUUGGUAAUAGUGAUGGAUAUGGAGGAGUUGGCAUAUUUGUUGCAGAGAAGUGGGUAGAAAAAGUAAUAGAUGUUAUGCGUGUUAUUAGUCGUAUUAUAGUGAUAAAGUUUUUGAUAGGUAAUAGGAUUGUCACUUUUCUGUCAGUUUAUGCUCCACAGUGUGGACUCAGUGAGGAAGAUAAAGAUAAGUUUUAUGAUGAGUUAAUAGCAGUCACAUCAAAGUUUGGAGACACUGAACUUGUCAUGGUGGGCGGCGACUUUAAUGGUCAUGUUGGGAAGUCAUCUGAAGGUUAUAGAGGUGUGCAUGGAGGGCAUGGAUUUGGGAGCAGAAAUAAGGAAGGGGAGAGAUUGCUUGAGUUUGGAAUGGCAACGGACAUGGUGGUUUGCAACACAUCAUUCAGUAAGAGACAGAGUAGGCUGAUAACAUGAGUCAGGUGGUUGUAAGACACAGAUAGAUUACUUCCUGGUUAGAAAGUCAGACAAGAAAGUAGUGAAGGACGUGAAAGUUAUAUCGGGGGAAGAGUGUGUUUCCCAGCAUAGGUUGCUGGUUUGUGAUAUUAUCUUGAAGAGUGUUAAAGAAGCCAAGGAAAAGUACAGGCCCCGUCGAAAAGUCUGGAAGCUGAAGGAAGAGAUUGUAGCAAGACAAUUUAGUGCAAAAGUUCAGAAGUUAGCCUACAAUAGUCAAUGUGAUAGUGACAAUGUUGAAAGUACUUGGACUACUUUGAAGAAUUGUCUUCUAGAAGCUUCUGAUGAUACCUGUUGACCAGUGUAUAAAGGAAAAGAGGAAACUUUGGAAAGAGUGGAAGUCAGGUGGUAGUAAAAAUAUUUACUUAGAAGAUAAGCGCCGCGCUCGUACAGCAGUGUAUAAGGCAAAAUCAGAAGCAGAGAGAAACAGAUUUGCAGAUGUGUUAAGAAGGGAAGACCAGCGCAAUGAGGUAUUCAAGAUAGCAAAGCAAAUGAAGAAGACUAAUCAAGAUGUUGUAGGUGAGAAGUGUAUACGUAAUGAUGAAGGUGUUUUGGCUAGCACAGAGGAGAAGAAAAGGGUAGCUUGGAAGAAUCAUUAUCAGAGGUUGCUUAACACUGAGUUUGAUUGGGACGAGGAUAAUUUGUCUGUUGGUGAUGUUGUAGAAGGGCCAGCUAUGCAGAUCAAGACAGAAUGGGUAGUGGAGGCUAUUAGGA